GAUCAAGGACCUGCUCUGGAGAUCCCAUUUCUCCAAGACAUCGCAUGUGACAUAAGCUGGUUACCUGAGGUUUAUAUAUACGCCGGUGUUCCCGUGAUCCCUCUCGCUCUCACUCACUCACAGGAACCCAUGACCGCUGCUACCCAUGUGCUCUGCGGACUACUCCGCCGCAACCACCACCGCAGCAUCAGCGGCAUCGGGUCCGUGCAGCUGAUCCGCCAACAUUAUUCUACUCCCAACUCGCGUUACUACAAUCCAAGCCCCGAUCUUGCCGGCGUGCGCGCGUCUACCUUAGCAUCCCGGCCAUGCAGCCCGUUCGCUUGUCGUCCAACUGGCGUCCAAUCUCCGUCAUUAUUCUCCAGCUUGGCCGGCGAGGAGGAGGCGGAGGUGCUGGACAUGGAGCGCUGCACGGUGCGGUGCGCGGCCAACUACACCCCGCUGACGCCGCUCAGCUUCAUCGAGCGCGCCGCGGCCGUCUACGGCAGCCGCCCCGCGGUGGUGUACGCGGCGAGGCGGCCAACUACGUGGAGGGAGGUCCGGGAGCGCUGCGUGCGCCUGGCCGCCGCGCUCGCCACCCGGUUCGGCGUCGCGCGCGGCGAUGUGGUGGCUGUUCUCAGCCCGAACGUGCCGGCGAUGUACGAGCUGCACUUCGCCGUGCCUAUGGCCGGCGCCGUCCUUUGCACGCUGAACACGCGGCACGACGCGGCCAUGGUGUCCACACUGCUGAAGCACUCCGACGCCAAGGUGUUACUCGUCGAGUCGAGCCUCCUCAACGUCGCGAGAGAUGCGUUGGAGCAUCUCGCCGACACAAGGUCCGCCACCACCACCAUUCCGGUCCUUGUAAUCAUCUCUGACGACACCGACUCCAUCAACCCUCACAUCUGCGAAAACGAGUAUGAGGCUCUCAUCAAGAGUGCUCCUUCACAUUUCGACAUUCGUUGGCCGGUGAACGAGUUGGACCCCAUCACCCUUAACUACACAUCCGGCACGACGUCCCGGCCCAAGGGUGUAAUCUACAACCACCGGGGCGUGUACCUCAACACCAUGGCCACGGUCCUCGCCUAUGACAUCAACCUAAUGCCAACAUACCUAUGGACCGUGCCCAUGUUCCACGGCAACGGCUGGAGCAUGACAUGGGCGGUCGCCAUGCAAGGUGGCACUAACAUUUGUCUACGACCCUUCACGGCAAGGAUCAUCUUCGACAACAUCGCGCGGCAUGGGGUGACACACAUGGGCGGUGCACCUACAGUGCUCAACAUGAUCGUUAACAUGCCCGCCGCGGAUCGAAGGCCACCGUCGGCUAAGACGGUCGUGCGUGUCAUGACGGGCGGCGCGCCGCCACCGCCCCGCGUCUUGGCCGGAAUGGAAGAGCUUGGUUUUAUGGUAUAUCAUAUAUACGGCCUCACCGAGACGCAUGGUCCAGCCACUGUGUGCACAUGGAUGCCGGAGUGGGACGCGCUGCCGGUCGAGGAGCGUGCGCGACUCAAGGCACGACAGGGGUUCCAUCACGUAGCGAUGCAGGAUGCCGAUGUCAAGGACCCGACCACCAUGGAGAGUGUGCCGCACGAUGGCAAGACAAUGGGCGAGGUGAUGUUCCGUGGCAACACUGUCAUGAGUGGGUACUACAAGGACGUUGAUGCAACCAAAGAGUCCAUGGCGGGAGGGUGGUUGCGCACAGGAGACCUUGCAGUCCGGCACCCAGAUGGGUACAUCCAAGUCAAAGAUAGGGCCAAGGACAUCAUCAUAUCAGGCGGAGAGAACAUCAGCUCGAUCGAGGUGGAGUCCAUAAUCUUUGGCCACCCGACGGUCCUCGAGGCGGCGGUCGUGGCGAGGCCCGACGACCACUGGGGGGAGACGCCAUGUGCCUUCGUCAAGUUGAAGGAUGGCGCCACUACCACGGAAACAGAGAUCAUAGACUUCUGCCGGGAGAAGUUGCCACACUACAUGGUGCCCAAGACAGUGGUAUUCGAGGAUUUGCCCAAAGCUUCCACCGGGAAGACACAAAAGUUCGUUCUUCGGGAGAAAGCCCAAGCGAUGGGAAGCUUCACGAAAGCCGAAAACAGCAAACUGUAACAUUUGUUUGUGCGGAUGGAAUAUUGUUGUAUAUUCUUUUUGGAUAUAUUGUUGUGUCGUCAUGUAAUAUAUGCCACCUUGGCUAGGAAAUUUGUUCAUGAUUGUUUCUAGACCGCUUGACGUUUCUACUCUUUGUAAAGGCCUAGCACAUAAAUAUUUUUCAGAAAUCAUAAAUUCUGAACAUUUGGAUUUAAA